CCCCCCGCCCCCCACCUCACUGACUCUCCCUGUCUGCGUUGUGUUGAACCUCCAGACUACCCUGGUGAAGACCUGUCUUUUCUGUUAGACAGUAAAGCGCCCGCGCAGCAGCAGCAAUAUGUGGCAGAGAGCAGCUACCCGGAGCCACCCAAAGCUUCUCACCCGUACGACAUUAAAGCGAGCAGCGACGACACCUGCCUCUUCAACCUGGACUCCUACCAGGAGUUCAACUGGUGGGCCUCCUGCUCGCACGAGGGGCUGACGGUGGACCAGUCACAAACUGGGUACCAGGAGUCCCCGCAGACGUACCAGAGCCUGGUGCCCCUCAACGGGCAGUUCAGCCCGGCGGUGGAGGGCAGCCACAGCCCCUUCGUGAGCGCAGAAGGCCCCAGUACGUUACACAGUGAGACGGAGCCGAGCUACUCGCGUCACUCGGCCGAGCCGUACGACUCCGACGGGCAGAGGCCGCCCUCGUCCCUCUGGCCCGAGUACUCCUGUCCCGGCUUCACCGCCCCUACUGCCCACCCGCCUGCGGCCCCCGGCCCUCAGGCCUCGGAGCAGUACUGCCCCCGUGUGGUCAAACGCAAGAGCGCACACCCCCAGAGGCCGGACAGGGAGGGCCACAUGCCGGGAAUGUCCACUUAUCCAGGUUCCGGUCCAAUCCAGCUGUGGCAGUUUUUACUGGAGCUUCUUCUGGACUCAGCCUGUCGCACCUUCAUCUCCUGGACCGGAGACGGGUGGGAGUUUAAGAUGUCCGACCCCUCGGAGGUGGCGAAGCGCUGGGGCCAGUGCAAGAACAAACCCAAGAUGAACUACGAGAAGCUGAGCCGCGGCCUACGCUACUACUACCACAAGAACAUCAUCCACAAGACGGCGGGAAAACGCUACGUCUACCGCUUCGUCUGCGACAUACAGGGCAUGCUGGGAAAGACGGCGCAGGAGGUGUUGACCAGCCUGAACGUUCUGCCCACUAACACGGAGGCGUGGCAGCCGUGCACCGGGGGGGCGGCGGUAUCGGAGCACAGCAGCGAAACAUGGCCGUCUCUGUAGGAAAAAGGGUUAGCAGGACUUAUAGGGAUACCCUGAGUACCAGAGCUACCAGGAGUCCAAGGCACACCAGGAGCACCAGGCCCACCGGCCUGCAAAGGGAACGCUGCCUCCGAGCUGCAGUGUCGGCACGGGUGAUGAUGUCACAGACAGCCGCUUUAUACAUGCUGCAUUUCAGGGAAUCAAAUAAAAAAACAUAUUCAGUCGUUUUUUAAAUAAUGGAUAAAUAUAAAGGAAGUUCUCCCAAUACCUGACACAGAAACACAUGGCACCUCAGGGCUACGUAACUGCGGCACAGCGGCAUUUAAAGCAUCAUACAGAGAUUCUUCUUUUGCAACGUCGGAGGCCCUAUUUUGUGUCUAAGAAGGAACCGUUUUGUAGAUAGUGUUUAUAUGAACGUCUUGUAGAGUUUUGUGCAUUUAUAUUAAUAAUUUUGUGAUACAAAACUCAUGUCUACCUCUGUUGCCAGUCAGAAUAACGAAAACCUGAGCUUAUUUCCAGGCACGCACUGUGAACAGUUUAAGCCUGUGUGAUGAUUUGUAAAUAAACUGUAUAUAAACAUAG